UCAACGGAUGCGCAUGCGCCGUGGCGGUCCACUAUUUCCUCCCUGGCAUCUGGGUCGCUUACAGUUAACUCAGUUUGUGUCGCAAUACUUUGGCCUUCACCGACUGUUUUUGAUCAAACAAAGGAUUCCGGGUGUUUUUAUGAGUAAUCAAAGGCAGCAGAAGCCUACGCUAACAGGCCAGCGUUUCAAAACUAGAAAAAGAGAUGAAAAGGAGAGGUUUGACCCUACCCAGUUUCAGGAAAGCAUCGUACAAGGUCUGAACCAAACUGGCACUGAUUUGGAAGCGGUCGCAAAGUUCCUUGACGCCUCUGGUGCCAAGCUCGACUACCGACGCUAUGCCGAGACACUCUUCGACAUCCUGGUGGCCGGUGGAAUGCUGGCCCCAGGUGGUACCUUGUCAGACGACAUGACCCGCACAGAGUUCUGUCUCUUCACAGCACAAGAAGACAUGGAGACCAUGCAGGCAUACGCACAGGUCUUUAACAAGCUUAUCAGGCGUUACAAGUACCUAGAGAAGGGGUUUGAGGAGGAGAUUAAAAAGCUGCUGCUGUUUCUUAAGGGCUUCACAGAGUCUGAGCGUAACAAGCUGGCCAUGCUAACUGGGAUUCUGCUGGCCAACGGCAAUAUCUCUGCCUCCAUCCUCAGCAGCCUCUUCAAUGAGAACCUCGUCAAAGAAGGUGUUUCGGCAGCCUUUGCUGUGAAACUCUUCAAAUCCUGGCUUAAUGAAAGGGACAUCAACUCCGUCGCCGCCAGUCUCCGAAAGGUCGGCAUGGACAACAGGCUUAUGGAGCUGUUCCCUGCCAACAAGCGAAGCUGCGAGCACUUCUCGAAGUACUUCACGGACGCCGGGCUCAAGGAGCUGUCGGACUUCGCCAGGAACCAGCAGUCCAUCGGGGCCCGCAAGGAGCUGCAGAAAGAGCUUCAGGAGCAGAUGUCGCGCGGGGACCCCCUCAAAGACAUCAUCGCCUACAUCCGAGAAGAAACCAAGAAAAGCAACAUCUCCGAGCAGACAAUGAUUGGGAUAAUCUGGUCCAGUGUAAUGAGCUCCAUGGAGUGGAACAAGAAGGAGGAACUCGUCACAGAACAAGCCAUCAAACACUUAAAGCAAUACAGCCCCCUGCUGAAGGCGUUUACCUCCCAGGGCCUCUCUGAGCUCACUCUCCUGCUGAAGAUCCAGGAGUACUGCUAUGACAACAUCCACUUCAUGAAGGCCUUUCAAAAGAUUGUUGUGCUGCUCUACAAAGCGGAUGUCCUGAGCGAGGAGGCGAUUCUGAAGUGGUACAGCGAGGCCCACCUUGCCAAAGGAAAGAGCGUUUUCCUCGAGCAGAUGAAGAAGUUUGUGGAGUGGCUCAAGAACGCAGAGGAAGAGUCCGAGUCUGAGGAGGAGGAAGCAGACUGAGGACCUCAAGCCAACUACCAUCAUCCUUUUGUCUUUUGUUUUUUUUUUUUGUUGUUGUUUUUUUUUCAUUAACAUAGUACCGCAGUGGAUUGUUUUGUUAAAGCAGUCUCGAUCUCCAUUUCUUUUGUUUCCUUUUCUAUUCUACCUCCUCUACCGCUAAAUCAUGAUGUCUAGGUGUACUGUAAUGUAAGGGCUUUUACAGCUUGUUCAUUGUAGACACAUUUUUCUAUCUGAACCAACAAUCGAGUACUCUUCUUCAGCUCCUCCUCAGAGGCAGGACACAAUGCCACAUUUAAUGAAACUGAUUGAUCCCCCUUUGUUUGAUGCAUCAGAAGGGGAUUCUUUGUGAAGAUGGUUCCCUUUAAAAUUAGCCAGUUUACAGGCGUAUUUGACAGCCAUCUUUUUUAAUCAUGGGAUUGUAGUUUGCCAGAGGUUCAUUAUAACUUACCUGUGUUGCCAUCAUAUCUCGGACCUCUGUGAGAGGCAUACUAUUUUCCUUACCUCAUUUUUGCAUCUCUGCCAACUAUGUGACAACUUUGAGUUUUAGCUCCUCUCUCCAUCACAUUUGAUGGAGUUGUGCCAGUUUUGACUGCAAAGGUGCUGGUGGCAAUGCCCCUUGAAAUGAACUGUAAUUGCUCUAUUCGUCUUCUGUAACAUAACCAUGCUAACUCUUAGAUUUAAUAGUUUUUUUUCUUUACCCUACAAUUUGACUUUUUAAAAUAAAGGUUAAAUAACGGUUUUCA